AUGCAAGGACUAGAACAGACCACCAUAGAUGUGGCCCCUGGAGGUGCUCUGCCUUCAGAGAGGUCUGUUGUAAGGUCACAACUGUGGAAAGAGAAUGCAGAGAAAUUCUUGAAGGGGGAACCCAAAGACCUCGGGGUUGUCCAAGUUCUGAUUGGUCUCAUAAACCUCAUUUUGGGUAUAAUAAUGAUAAGUGGAAGCCAAUUCCUCCACCCAGUAAUUUCAGCGUUCGUAUAUGCUCCAAUUUGGGGUUCAAUCAUAUUCAUAAUCUCAGGAUCCUUGUCAAUUGCAGCAGGAAUGAUAACUACAGAGGUCCUGGUUACCAUCAGCCUAAGUUUUAACACCAUUAGCUCUGUGGUGGCUGCAGCAACAAGUAUAAUCAGUAUAUUCAGUGUGGUUUUAAGUGCAGUCCAAUUUCAACAUACAAUUAUUGUGGGUAUAGAUGCUUUGAUACUCAUUUUAAAUGUGCUAGAAUUCUGCAUCGCUGUGUCCACCUCUGCCUUUGGAUGUAAAGCAAUCUGUUGUAACACCAGUGAGGUUGUUGUAAUUCUACCACAAAAUCCUGCUGUGUCUGCAGCGGCAACUCCCAUGUUACUUCAACCAUUGGCACCACCAGUAUACCAAGAAAGAAAUGUUCCAGAAAAUAUACAUAAGAACUACACUUGAGAAAGAGUCUAGUUUUGACUAUGUGUGUGUGUGUCUGAGAGAGAGAGAGGGGGAGAGAGAAUGAGAGACAGACAGACCGAUAGACAGACAAAACGCACAUGCUCCUGCAUGUACGUGAUUUCAAAAUCAAGUUCUCAUUGUUUGUUUCCCUAUGAAUUUAACAAUUCAUUGCACUGGAUGUUGGAGUAUCAGACCUGCUAUAAAUAAAUAAACCU